GCCCUGCAGCAGCGGCUACGGCGGCGGCGGCGGCAGAGGCAGGAGAAGCAGCAGCAGUGGCGGCGGCGGCGGCGGCGGCGGCGGCGGCGGCAGGAGUAGCAGCAGCAGCAGCAGCAGCAGCAGCAGCAGCAGCAGCAGCAGCAGCAGAGCAGCAGCAGCAGCAGAAGGAAAAGGAGAGGAAGAAGAAGAAGAAGGGUUUGUUUCUGUUGCAGACAUCUGCAGACUGGUGCUUUUUUGGAAGAGUUGUGCGUGUGUUUUUUUUUUUCUUUCUCUUUUUUUUUUAAACAAACCUCAAACGGAUGUGAGGAGAGGAAGGUGUUUCUUUUACUCCUAAGCCCAGACACCUCUUUCUGUUCCUUCCAAUCUUGUUUUGUUGGACAGUUUUUUUUUUUAUUGAAAGGAAAGGAAAGGAAGGAAAGGAAAGAAAAGGAAAAGAGUUACUUGAUGUUUGAGUGAAAUGGACGUAAGAUUUUAUCCACCACCACAGCCUGCUGCCGCUCCCGAUACUCCCUGUCUGGGACCCUCUCCCUGCCUGGACCCCUACUAUUGCAACAAGUUUGACGGUGAGAACAUGUAUAUGAGUAUGACAGAGCCGAGCCAGGACUAUGUGCCAGCAAGCCAGUCUUACCCUGGCCCAAGUCUUGAAAGCGAAGACUUUAACAUUCCUCCAAUUACACCCCCUUCACUACCUGACCAUUCACUGGUGCACCUGAAUGAGGUAGAGUCUGGUUACCACCCUCUUUGUCACCCAAUGAAUCAUAAUGGGCUGCUUCCAUUCCAUCCACAAAAUAUGAACCUACCUGAAAUUACUGUAUCCAACAUGCUGGGCCAAGAUGGAACACUGCUUUCAAACUCCAUUUCUGUGAUGCAAGAUAUACAGAGUACAGAAGGAGCUCAAUAUAGUUCCCACCCUCAGAUGGCAGCCAUGAGACCAAGGGUUCAGCCUGCAGAUAUUAGGCAGCCAGCAAUGAUACAGCAUGGUCAGCUGACUACCAUUAACCAAUCACAGCUCAGUGCACAGCUUGGUUUGAAUAUGGCGGGAAACAAUGUUCCCCAUAACUCACCAUCUCCACCUGGAAGCAAGUCUGCAACUCCUUCGCCAUCCAGUUCAGUCCAUGAAGAUGAAGGGGAUGAUACCGCUAAGAUAAAUGGUGGAGAGAAAAGGCCUGCUUCUGAUAUGGGAAAGAAACCAAAAACUCCCAAAAAGAAGAAGAAGAAGGACCCUAACGAGCCUCAAAAACCUGUGUCUGCCUAUGCAUUAUUCUUCCGAGAUACCCAGGCAGCCAUCAAAGGCCAAAAUCCAAAUGCUACAUUUGGUGAAGUCUCUAAAAUUGUGGCCUCAAUGUGGGAUGGUUUAGGAGAAGAGCAGAAACAGGUCUACAAAAAGAAAACCGAAGCAGCAAAGAAGGAAUACCUGAAGCAGCUAGCUGCAUACAGAGCAAGCCUCGUAUCCAAGAGUUACAGCGAACCUGUUGAUGUUAAAACAUCCCAACCUCCUCAGCUGAUUAAUUCGAAACAGUCAGUGUUCCAUGGGCCUACCCAAGCUCAUUCAGCCCUCUACCUAAGUUCCCACUAUCACCAACAGCCGGGAAUGAAUCCUCAUGUAACUGCCAUGCACCCUAGUCUCCCCAGGAACAUAGCACCGAAACCUAAUAACCAAAUGCCAGUGACUGUCUCUAUAGCCAACAUGGCGGUGUCUCCUCCUCCUCCCCUUCAGAUCAGCCCACCUCUUCACCAGCAUCUCAAUAUACAGCAACACCAGCCAAUCACAAUGCAGCAGUCAAUUGGAAACCAACUACCAAUGCAGGUCCAGUCUGCCUUACAUUCACCCACAAUGCAACAAGGGUUCACUCUUCAACCUGACUAUCAGACUAUUAUCAAUCCCACAUCUACAGCUGCACAGGUUGUAACCCAAGCAAUGGAGUAUGUACGUUCAGGCUGCAGAAACCCUCCGGCACAGACUGUGGACUGGAAUGAUGACUACUGCAGUAAUGGGAGCAUGCAGAGGGACAAAGCACUGUACCUUACCUGAAAACGAGAUCGCCUCUUCUUUCCAAGAAGGAAUGCAGGGAAGUCUUUUCACCAUGGAUUGCUUUGUGCAGUCAAGGCGGUUCUGCAAUUUAUUAGAAAAUACAAGUUGCUAAGCACUUAGGACUAUUUGAGCUUGUGGGUCACCCACCCUGGAAAAAAAAAAUAGUCAUGCUUCUUUCUUUAUUGUUUCUCUCCCUCCCAUCCCCUAAAUCCUUUACGGACAUUGUUUUUCUUCUUCCCUGAGGGAAACUUGGACCAUUCAGAUUUUAUGUUGGUUUUUUGUUGUGAAGUGCUUCGCUAUAGUAACUGCCUUAGCAACUGUAGACGUCUCGGAUUAAAGUCCUGGAUUUUCCAUUGGUUUUCAUAAUGGGUGUUUAUAUGAAACUACUAAAGACUUUUUAAAUGGCUUGAUGUAGCAGUCAUAGCAAGUUUGUAAAUAGCAUCUAUGUUACACUCUCCUAGAGUAUAAAAUGUGAAUGUUUUUGUAGCUAAAUUGUAAUUGGAAACUGGCUCAUUCCAGUUUAUUGAUUUCACAAUAGGGGUUAAAUUGGCAAACAUUCAUAUUUUUACUUCAUUUUUAAAAAAAAAACAACUGACUGAUAGUUCUAUAUUUUCAAAAUAUUUGAGAAAAAAAUAUUCCCAAAUGAUUUUAAUUUAAAAACCAAUUGGCUUUGUCUCAUUGAUCAGACAAAAAGAAACAUGUUGGGGGAAGCGCAAACACAUUUAUUUUGUACUGCAGAAAAAAAAAUUGCUUUUUUGUAUCACUUUUUGUGUAAUGGUUAGUAAAUGUCAUUUAAGUCCUUUUAUGUAUAAAACUGCCAAAUGCUUACCUGGUAUUUUAUUAGAUGCAGAAACAGAUUGGAAACAGCUAAAUUAUAACCUUUACAUAUGGCUCUGUAUUAUUGUUUCUUCAUACUGUGUCUGUAUUUAAUCUUUUUUUAUGGAACCUGUUGCGCCUAUUUAUGAAAUAAUAAAUAUAGGUGUUUGUAAGUAAAUUUGUUAGCAUUUUAAAGAGGUUUCUUUGAUGUUUUAACUUUUGCUGGCAAAAAAUAUUCACACCUGGUGUGAAUACUUUAUUAUUUAGUUUUUACAGUGACAUGAAUAAAGCCAAACCUGCUUUUCAUUUAGCAGCAAAUGAAAGUAACCAAUCCUUAUUUCUGCAUUUCUUUGGUUGAUGCAAAAGCAAAACGAUCCUACAUAAGAACUUCCCUUCUUAAUCCAAUGAAACAGGGAACUACCCUGAAAGACACACAAACCACAAGACUAAACAAACAAAAGCGUCCUCCAUCGAAAAAGGGGUUGCUUCUUGGUUCUCAGUCCAGUUUUAGUUAAUAAAGAAAACUUUAAAGUAAAAGAAGAGCAAAAUAGAGAAAACCAGCCUGAACUGACCAAAAUGCCUCCUCUAGUUACAUUUAAUGGACAUUUAGAAAGCUUAUGAGAAUGAAUGAAUUAGGGUCAGGGUGGGGGUGGGGGGAAGGAUGUGGAAAGAAGGGAGUUAAGGGAAACGCAGCCGUCUAAAAUGCCUACAAAAAUGAAAGGUGAGUGACCAAGGCAGCAAAGAGAAAGAAAAAGAAACUCAGAAGCAGAAGUCGAUCAUAAAGAAUGAGAUUCUUGUUGUCCUUUGUGGCCACUACAUGUCUCUUCUCCCUCCAGAAGUCCUGUGCUUGUCAGAGGAAUUCCAUGGAUGUAAGAGACCUGCAGAAGAACAGAGGGCUAUGAGAAUCUAGCUGGACAGAUGCACGGCUUUUAGAUCAGAGAGCACUAGCAAACCAGACCCUUCUGCAGGAUUGUAUCCAGGAAGCUAGUCUAGUUGGUAAUCAAGGGAAUGGCUGAUGUCUCUUUCAUGCAGUGUGUGAAAUAAACUUAGCAAUUUAACUAAAUACAAAUAUAUGCAUUGUGUAAUCCAGUCAGAAUUAAAAAGACAAUAGGUAUGCUUGCUUUGGAAUGAUUUUAGGCAUUGUACAACCUUGAAUCACUUGAGCAUGUAAUAACUAAUAAAUAAUGCAGAUCCAAUGUGAUUAUUAAAAUGACUGUAGCUGAGAGCUCUAAUUUUCCUGUCUUGAAACUGUAUAAGAACUCAUGUGAUUGAGUUCACAGCUUAUUGUUUGUCUGUUUAGCAUUUUAGAAAUAUACCAGCACUACUAA